AUGGCAGACUUCCAAAGCGGCCUGUGGUGGGACUACUCUCGUCCAUUUGGGUUUCAAGGGACUAUUACCCUGCCGGUGACCCAAGGCAAUAUUUUCCUCUCAUUCUUGACCUUUUGGGUUACUGUUUCAGGAGCCAGUCUCUGGGUGAUAUUUGCCUACCUUCUCCACAGUUGCAUUGUCCGAAACAGACGCAACCAAGUUGAAAUUUUCGAUAUCCAGCAGCGAGUUACCCUAAUCAAUUCAAAGACCCCCUUGGCAACCAUCAUCGACUCGCUCCGAAUCUAUAUGGCCUGGUCGAAGCACAAGAUUCCAGGCUUGCUUUCCCGGACGCUCGCCAUCGUGCUUCCAACGAUUCUGUUCUUUGUUGGGAUAACGGCAGCGUCUGUCUUCACCUCUAAGGUUGCCACCAGUGGUGAUACGGGUGGCCUUGGUCUUAGAAGAAGUCAGCUCUGUGGUCUCUACCGAUACCUUGACCCAGCAUCCGAUGUAUUAUCAUACAACAGCAAUGAAAGCAGGCUCAAAGUGCUCAUGAAUCAGACGGUGGAAAGAAAAAAUUACGCCGAUAACUUUUACGUCAAUAGCACUGCUUCACCCUCAAGAUCUCCAUAUGUGACGCCAACAUUGCCGCAUAACGAGUCUCGAGUGGAUUGUCCAUUCAAAACCCAGGCCCGGUGCAUCUUAGGCUUUGCUAUGAAGCUAGAGUCUGCGCUCAUAGACUCCCAUUCCAUGCUUGGAAUCAAUGCGCCACCAUCAGACCGUGUACAAUUUCAAUCAAGGACGACCUGUUCUGUCGUCAACACAACUGGACUUGAAGAAGUAUCAGGCAAUUACCAUCGCUACUUCCUGGGAGGGGUUAGGUCUAAUUACACAUAUGAAUAUAAUCGAGGUCUCCGAAGAGAUGGUAUAGGAUACACUCUCAAAGGCUAUGGCAUGCAAUGGGAACCGCUUGAUGAAUUAAGGGUCGACAACUCAGAGAUGAGCAUAUUUAUCAUUUCAGGAAAUAACGUGGGCUAUACUCGGUCUAUUUCAGAUCCGUUCUUCCUAGCGACGGACUACGAUAACGCGAACAAGCGUUUCAUCUCGACCAACGACGCCAACUUUAUGAUCUGUGCAGAACAGUACCAGUUUUGCAACCCGGUUACACAUCAAUGCACGCCUUGGUCAACUAGCACAUUUUUUAGAGAAUCCAUGAUAUCCCAGGGCUUAGAACUGAAAUUUAACGACGCUCAGAUGGCAACGGCAUUGCGACUUACCGUGGAAUUAUAUUUGAGCACUUCUCUUAUUGUUGACCUACUGAGCACUGCAGCCCUCGAUGCCAGCAGAAAAGUCAUGUUUGACUUUGAAAUGUCCAUGGGGAUUUCCACUGACCGUCAGUGGAUCAUUGAAGCUUCCAGGUGGUUUCAGAUGCGGUUGGCUUUUCUUCAAGUGAGCGUUGCCAAUUACAUCAACGUGCCCGCGGCGGUAUUUGACCUGCCUACCACAAAACUCAAUGAUGUUUCAUGGCUGCAGGGUGAACUUGGGCUUUCCAAGGGGCAGGUGGGUUCCCUCAACGCGCAAUGCCACACCCAGCGGGAGAGGGGCUAUGGAAAUAUCCAAAGCUUCAGCUUCAUCGGCGUUUUGCUCAUUGUGAUCGUUGGCAGCGGUCUCAUAAUCAUCAGCUAUAACAUGACAAGUAUCAUGGAUGCCUGCGGCCGCCUUGUCAAGGGCUUUGAAGCUAUAAAUGCCCGCGAAGGUGACGACAAACAGCAUCUGCUGAGAAUGGCUCUUAAAGCCAGCGGCUACCCGACCAUUGGAGAGUGGAAAACAAGUUACUUUCGAGUGCCCGUCAUCUCGCAACAAGAGAUUGUCGAAGACCUCGAAGUGUCUGGAAUAGAAUUGACCUAUUAUCCAUUGAAGGAGGCACAAGCGAGAGGACCGACCAACCCACACAUCCAACAACACAAUGCAAACUAG